AUGACUGGGCGCACUCGCCGCGCAUCGACCUCGAGCGUCGAAAGCCUCGAUGAUGGGCAUGUCCAAUGGCGUCAGGAAGCGUCAAUCUUGCGCUCCGUGGCCAAGGCUGAGCCUAGCGAUAGCUGGCCCAUCUUCCAGCUGCGCGACGCAAUUGUCCUGAACCGCGAUGGCACCACGGUCGAGAAUGCGCUGAACAUUGUCCCGAAUGGCCCGUUCAUAGUGCGCGGAUACCUCCACUUCUCAGGCGAUGAGAAACGAUUCCUCCUUGUGCGCGGAAGAUCCCCGAUCCCAGUUGAAAUCAGACACUGUCUACUAUACUCUGUGGGAGAAACGAACGACGGAGCGAUUCAAAUUUGGGUAUCAGGCCGCGCCGGCUGGUUUGAGAUUCAGCCCUGUGCGGCCUACCAGGCGACCUACGACACCAUGUGCCAGGCAACGACCCUUUACUACAGUAUCAUGGAUGCCACUGAGGCCUUGAACGAGAAGCCGGCACGCGGGAAAAAGUCCAAGUCGCCAUCGUCACAGAAGGACGUUCUAGCGUCAAUGUUCCACCAGUAUGCCGCUGCCGUGGGUGAUGGCUCAACACAUGAAGACGUUGUUGCGCGAUGCAAUAAACACGCCAUUUUUCUCAUCUCCCAGUUCAUGCAAGACGAUAGCGUAGUAGACUGGAAAGCCUCUGCAUUCUAUAAAUGGAUCAAGUCUAAAAACGGGGCUCUUUUUGAGAAAGUCGACAACGCAAAAAAGAACCCACGUCAGCGUACGAGAUCUCCAUCCUUUAUUGAGCCGCCGCCUCGAGCAACUACGAGCCUGUCGAGGAAAAGUGAGAGCAUUGAAGAGAUCGAUGAACGUGCAUUCACGACUCGGACGACGCGUCGCUCUGCUAGUGCUGCCCAACAGCCGCAGACGGUUAUCCCAAUACACCCCAGACAAAGUGUACACCCACCUGCACCACCAGCUCCUACGCCUGUAGCUGCCGAUUCAGACUCGCCAUUCCAGACCGUCCUAACCGCGCUUGAGAACUGUUUCGACUCGAGUAACCCCAAAGGCGGAGUUAAAGUAUCCGGCAUUCUAAACAAGUUGUACUUUCAAUACCGAUUCCCGACCUACAAAGACAGCACACCAGGCUCCCACAAACGCCCCGUUGAGGAAGUUCUGCACUACAACGCCGCUGCUCUUCUCCAAGCCAUCGACCAUGACAAGUAUAAAAAUGGAGAGGUAUAUGACUGGCUUGUGGAUCUCUCAAAGAAGAAGUUUGCACAUUAUGCGCUGAGCGCAGAUAGCCUGCCUUUUCGCAUUGUGCCCAGAGAACAGCGCCCAUACCGCACCCGAAAGAGCGACGCGACGCUUGAGCCGGCGCGGCCAAUUGCGCGGUCAAUUGCGCGGUCGCAAAGUCCAAGUACGCCCAGAAUAGGCAAGCGACCCGGUCGACCUGUGGGCAGCAAAUCAAGCCUCCGCCCCGUCCAAUCAAACAAGAGGAGGUCUCGUGCGAUUUUUGAUGACGAGACGGACACCGAACCAGUGGCAAAGAAGCUCAACUUCCGGUCCGACCAGGACGGCGACGAGACCAUGGGCGAUGUCGAGGGCUUCGAGUCUGGCGAUGAGGAAGUUGAUGGCGCGCUUCAGGUCGGCGACUCGCUUGAUUCGUCGAGCGAGCACGAGGCUAUCGAUGACGAAGAUAGGUUUGUCAACCUCACUAUCCUCGCAGAAAAGAUGCCAGAUCCCAUGCCGACGGGGUAUCAAGGCACAUGGGCAUGUGAUCAGCUAGACUGCGACUUCAUCGCGCGAGGCGGUGGCGAGGACGAGCUGGACGACCGCAUCUCUGCGCAUUUGCGAGAGCACGAGCAGCUCGUUGACAGGAUGCAAUUGGCUGUCAGCGAGAGCCGAGGACUGCUGCCGAUCAGUCAUCUGUUGGAAAAGCUCAAGCAAGUGGGAGAAGGCGCCCAAGGACCGACUGACAGCCAAGGCAACGAGGUGGCUCAGCCUAUUAAGCGGCAGCUGUUCGUUUAG